AUUUCCUCUCCUGCUGGAUGGAGCUGAACUUUGGGCUGCCAGAGCACCGCGGCCAUCCGGGGAUCGCUGUAUGCUGAGCUCCCUCCGAUAGACCAAGCGGCGGCUCGGGAUUUUUUGGGGGGGCGGGGACCAGCCGCGCGCCGGCACCAUGCUCCUGGCGACCCUGUACUUCGCGCUGCCGCUCCUGGACUUGCUCCUGUCCGCUGAGGUGAGCGGCGGGGACCGCCUGGACUGCGUGAAAGCCAGCGAUCAGUGCCUGAAGGAGCAGAGCUGCAGCACCAAAUACCGCACGCUGAGGCAGUGCGUGGCGGGUAAGGAGACCAACUUCAGCCUGGCAUCUGGCCUCGAGGCCAAGGAUGAGUGCCGCAGCGCCAUGGAGGCCUUGAAGCAGAAGUCGCUCUACAACUGCCGCUGCAAGCGGGGCAUGAAAAAGGAGAAGAACUGCCUGCGCAUCUACUGGAGCAUGUACCAGAGCCUGCAGGGAAAUGAUCUGCUGGAAGAUUCCCCGUAUGAACCAGUUAACAGCAGGUUGUCAGAUAUAUUCCGGGUGGUUCCAUUUAUAUCAGAUGUUUUUCAGCAAGUGGAGCACAUUCCCAAAGGGAACAACUGCCUGGAUGCAGCUAAGGCCUGCAACCUCGAUGACACCUGCAAGAAGUACAGGUCUGCGUACAUCACCCCAUGUACCACCAGCGUGUCCAACGAUGUCUGCAACCGCCGCAAGUGCCACAAGGCCCUCCGCCAGUUCUUCGACAAGGUCCCAGCCAAGCAUAGCUACGGAAUGCUGUUCUGCUCCUGCCGGGAUAUUGCCUGCACAGAGCGGCGGCGACAGACCAUCGUGCCUGUGUGCUCCUAUGAAGAGCGGGAGAAGCCUAACUGCUUGAAUUUGCAGGACUCCUGCAAGACGAAUUACAUCUGCAGAUCUCGCCUUGCAGAUUUUUUUACCAACUGCCAACCAGAGUCAAGGUCUGUCAGCAGCUGUCUGAAGGAGAACUACGCAGACUGCCUCCUGGCCUACUCGGGGCUGAUCGGCACGGUCAUGACCCCCAACUACAUAGACUCUAGCAGCCUCAGCGUGGCCCCAUGGUGUGACUGCUUCAACAGCGGGAAUGACCUGGAAGAGUGCUUGAAGUUUUUGAAUUUCUUCAAGGACAAUAAAUGUCUUAAAAAUGCAAUUCAAGCCUUUGGCAAUGGCUCCGAUGUGACUGUGUGGCAGCCAGCCCUCCCGGUGCAGACGACCACUGCCACCACCACCACAGCUUUUCGGGUCAAGAACAAGCCAGUGGGGCCAGCGGGCUCUGAGAAUGAGAUCCCCACACACGUUUUACCACCUUGUGCAAAUUUACAGGCCCAGAAGCUGAAAUCCAAUGUGUCGGAUAAUACACAGCUCUGUCUUUCUGAUAGCAAUUAUGAAAAGGAUGGUCUCGCUGGUGCUUCCAGCCACAUAACCACAAAAUCAACGGCUGCUCCUCCAGGCUGUGGUCUGAGCCCACUGCUGGUUCUGGUGGUCACAGCUCUGUCUAUCCUAUUAUCGUUAUCUUUGGCAGAAACAUCGUAGCUGCAUUUAGAAAACAAUGUGGACAUGUAAAAAGACAAAAACAAAGUCAUCUGUUUCCUAUCCUCUUGUAUAUCUGAAAAAUCCAAUUCUAGGAGCUCAGUGGAGGAAAAGUUUCAUCCAACUGGAACUUUUUUUUUAAAGAGAGCUUCUUGUGACCCUUAGGGGCUUCUGUGGAAAUCCUGAGGCAGUGCUACAUUCCAAACUCAAAAGGCUUUGUUUGGGGCAUGCUGUAUUUUAAGGGGACAAUUUGUAAACUUGACUGUAAAGUAAACUGGGGCCAUGUUUUUGAUGAUGAUGAUGAUGAUGAUAUGAUGAUGAUUUUAACAGUUUUAACUCUGCCCUUCACUAAAUGGAGGAGUUAUUAUUUCUAAAGAUUCUUCCACAGCUCAUGUAAUGGCUUCGAUUUCCAGUGGCAUAAACUACAACCUAACAUGGAUGACAAGCUUUUUUUUUUUCCCCACAAAGUGAAAGUUCUCAUCAAGAGUGGAUUUUGUGGAAAACAACUUGUUCUGAUAUUCAUCUUUCUGUACUUACUAGCCUCUUUCACACUGUUUGUGUAUUGUAAACUGUGCUCUCAUGUAGAACACAAGGCACCUGUCACAUCUACGUGUAGAAUCUGCCUUUUAGUCAAAAUAGGGAGAGUGGAUGUGAAACCUCACGUACCUUGAUCGUUGGUUGAUAAUUCUCCUAAGCCUUACCUGAGUGAGAAGCCCUUAAACUAACAAGAGUCAAAUAUAGUUGAAGCAUCCAUCGCUCAUACUCUUUACACUUACAAGGUUAUAUGUAGAAGAGAAAUUUUACUACUCAAUGAUUUCAACUAUUGGCUUUCUAUAUUUUGAAAGUAAUGAUAUCUUCAUUUUGUACUGACGGUUUAAUACAAAAUAUGCAGAGCUUGUUUUCCCCUCACAAGUCGUGUCAGCUCCGACAUUAACAUUAUGAAUACAGCUCUUCCAAAGCGUCCCCGAGGAGGCUUAUGCUUCCCGGAAGCUUUGCAUCACAUGACUGUGGACAGGCAGGAGGAAACAGAGCAGCCUGACUUGUUAUUAAUUGUGUCUUGAAACACAUAUGUGCCAGGAGCCCAGGGGCCACUUGUAAUGGUGCAUAGCAUCUCUUGGCACUAUUGCCAGCUGACACAACCUGGUACCUUGGUGCUCAUGGUUUCUCACAGAGGCAGUUUGGAUGGGGAUGUGCCAGCCUCUCUUUCAACCCAUGCCCAGGUACACAGUUGUUUCCCUAAGGAUUGUCUUUAUUCCCAACUGUAGUCUCUUGACCGCUGUAGGGAGCAGUUUGGACCGAGGAUCAUCAGGAAUCAGCUUGUAUCUUGUUCUAUUCCUCCAUGACAGACUGUGGCUGACUGCAGAAAAGAAAAGGUUGGUGGGUUGAGAGGGUCAGUGGGAGGCCUGGGGAGGUGAGUUUGUUGGCACAGGGAAGCAGAACAGGCAGGGCUGUGGUGAUGAGGCAGCAAGCUUUGUUAGCUGCACAUUUUCUCCCAUUGUUCUCUUCCUGCAUCACACAAAUCCUAACGUGCACUUUUGAAAUCCGGUUUAGAAGGUGAGAUUCAGAGUCUGCAGUGAUCACAUCCUAGUGGCUGUGUUUCUCUCACACUGAAUGAAGAAGAGUAAAUCCUUCCUCCACAGAGUGCUGGAAGCUUGAGCUUUCUUCCCAUACUGCAGAGCUCUGGAGGGGGAAACCCUGGUACACAUUUCACACUCAUCUCUUUCCCUGCUGCUUCUGUCUUGGAAGAUUCAGCAGAUCACUGUGUGAGGGGGCGGAAAGUCUAUGAAAUCCAAGAGAGAGGCCUACUCUUUGAGCUCUUUUGGUGUUUGAAAUAUAUUUAUAUCCAGAUGUUAAUAAACAGAUGUAUAAUACUCAGUACCAAUGUUUUGUUUACCUAAGAAUGCUUUCAAGGUAAAUGCAUCGAACACCCAACUGUAUUUGAUCAGUGAAAAGUUCCAUAAAGACUCCUACUUUGAAUAAACACAUUCAACAUGUCGAAGCAUUUGAAAUGCCAGUUAUCUACGAGAGCAUAUCUCUUACAGAACAUAUUUUGUUUUAAUUAAGGUAUCGCUGAGUAUCUGCACUGGGCUAAUUGCAUAUGGGUCUCAUUCUGUGUGAUCCAGUGUAGAAAACUAUUGAUUACUUCUGCAAAAUCCAACAGCUCUAAUUAGCUUCAGAUAACCAAAGAAGAAAUGGGAGUUCUCAGUGUUAACAAGGAUGGCCUUCACUGAAGAGUAUGUAGAUAUAAAUUAAAUCUUAAAAAGCUCUAUGCCCAACAAAGAUCUCAUUUUUUCAGAGAUAAAAGCAUAUUUGAGUUACCAAAUCCUGAAACUGAAAAUGAGUUACUGGUUAAAUAAACAGGAGAAAUAUCUUGUUCAGGAACAACUUGUAAAAGAGAUUGUAUAAAAUGAAGCCAAACAAGUGGUCCUGUCAUUUGGUUCCAUCUCAGUUUAUCCUGGUAACCCUGAAGCAUCAUUAUUUGCCCCAGGACUAGAAGAGAGAAAUUAUUGAAAUCUAUUACCUAUCUAACUUCUUCUUGGAGUGCUUACAAGCAAGUGAUUCGCUACUUCCUGUCCUUCAUUCCCUGCAUUUCAGGUGUCACACACACAGGAGCUAUCUGCUAAGACCAAGUCUCUUACAGGGAACAUCUUAGGGUGGUUGAUUUUGACAACACAAAAAUAGAUAUUUAUAUCCACGGAGACCAUGACUCUCAGAUCAAAUCUCUCCAUGCCCCACUUAUUUCAGAGAGAAAGAGAGAAAAA